UAUUCCAACUUACUGCAGUCCGCGAUCACAAAUCGUUUUGUCACAAGAGACAUACGCCUGAUCCCAAUCAGGCGCUUUUCUGCCCAUGUCAAUUGUCAACGCCUGCCCGCGUUGGUGUCUGAUUGAGGAUCAGUCUCUUCUGGAUUGUGACUCGAUGGAAGCACAGGUAAGGGCACGGGCGGCAAAAUGUGAUUUCCCAUCUCUAGCACCUUGUCUGGCCUGUUGCUGUCAAGUCGACGGUGCAUGCAGUUAAUCGUCUUGUUGGCCUAGAUGGCAGCCUUGCAUUUUAUGCUUGGCGAACCGUUGCGUACUGGACCAUAUAAAAGCAUUCGGAAAGACAUGAUCCUGCCAUGAUCUGAAACAGUUUUCUCGCAAGAGCAUCGCCAAUACACCGCAUGUCAGGCUUCAACUCAUCAAAUCAAGCAUGGCCUCAGAAUUUAGCUGAAUCGGCAUUAUGCCAGUUGUCUGCGCGAAUGCGGCUAUAAUUCUUUCUGUAUCGUCACCUUAUAUCGCCAACCCGCGCCGUAUCAGAUUACCUCAAGCAGUUCUUUGGGCUACUUGGGCUCUAUUGGCUCUCAGCUGGAUUGUUUCCCUGCUGGAGCUCGAGCAGCUAUUUCGAUCAUGUCUCCUGCGCUACUCAGUUUACCACAUGACAUUCUUCGCCAUUGCGACUUGUCGUAUAGUCACAAUAGGGGCAUCGACGU